AUGCUCAGGACCCCGUCAAGAAUAGGAUCUCGUCUGGUUACUUCCAAAGCAGCCUCUCUUCUACCUUCAUUCUCACCAUGCAGUGUGAAUAUCGCUAGAACAACGCUAUCUUCACGGAGCUACCACGUUAGCGAUCGCCGAUUGGACAGCAAUAAGUGGAACCCCAGAGGCGGGUCAGGAGGCGGAUCACGGCCUCCCGGAGGGAAUGGAGGUGGGAAUGGCGGAAGAAUGCAAUUCCCGGGAGGUAUGAGGUUUCCAUCUGGCGGGUUGAAGAUGGGCCAAGGAGGACAAGAGGCAAAGGGCGAGACGUUGAAGCAAUACAGUGUCGAUCUGACAGAGUUGGCUAGGACGAACGCCCUUGACCCCGUGAUUGGUAGAGAUGACGGCGAGUCCAAGAUCCGCAGAACCAUCCAGAUCCUAUCGAGAAAGACCAAAAGCAAUCCUGUCCUUCUCGGAUCGCCUGGUGUCGGAAAGACGGCAAUCCUAGAGGGUCUAGCUCAACGAAUCGUCAACAAAGAAGUACCCGAAUCACUGCAAAACAAGCGACUGCUUACUAUCGACCUGGCAUCUCUCUUGGCUGGAUCUGGGAUCCGGGGUCAAUUUGAAGAAAGAUUCAAAAGCCUCUUGGCCGACAUUCAGGAGGCACAGCAGGACGCACGGGAGGAAGGCAGUGGAGGGGUUAUCUGCUUUAUCGAUGAACUACACACGCUGCUUAACCUUGGGAAAGCUGAAGGUUCGAUGGAUGCCGGAAACAUGAUUAAACCCGCCUUGGCACGAGGUCUGCAGCUUGUCGGCGCAACUACACUCGACGAAUACCGCAAGUACAUCGAGAAGGAUCAAGCACUGGCCCGUCGAUUCCAGCCCGUUAUGGUCGACGCACCUAGCGUAGAAGCCACCAUUGCGAUUCUUCGGGGUAUCAAACCGCGAUACGAAAGUCAUUUUGGAGUACAAAUAUCGGACGCCGCUUUGGUACAAGCAGCGGUGUACUCUGAUAGGUACAUCACCGACCGAUUCUUGCCUGACAAGGCUAUCGAUCUGCUCGAUGAGGCUGCUUCGGCUUUGAAAUUGUCUCAAGAAUCGAAGCCUCUGAAUCUCGAAACCCUCGAGCGGGACAUCACGACCUUGCAGAUCGAAAGAGAAUCACUCAAGAAUGAAAGCGACACCUACUCUGCGGAUCGACUGAAACAAGUCGAAGAUCUUAUUAGCGAGAAGAAAGAAGAACAGCAACGCCUAGUAUCCAUUUGGGAGCAAGAGAAGGCUCGUGUCAAAGAUAUAAAGGACGUCAAGCGUCAGCUCGACGAGGCUACGAAUCAGCUCGAGAUCGCUCAGCGCGAAGGCAACUACGAGUUGGCAUCCAGACUUCACUACUCGGAGAUUCCAGCUCUCAAAUCGAAGCUACCCGCGGAGACCGCCGGCGAAGAAGUGGAGAAUGCGGACAUGAUGAUCCGGGACCGGUUGACGGCAUCUGAUAUCGCGAGGGUGAUUGCACGGUCUACAGGCAUUCCAGUCGAGAAUCUGAGACAGGGUGAAACAGAGAAGCUGCUACAUAUCGAGGAUGCUCUCAAGAAGCGGAUUGUCAGUCAAGAUGACGCGAUCUCAGCAGUUGCUAAGGCUAUACGGUUGUCCCGGGCUGGUCUCCAAGCACCGAAUCGACCGCUUGCAUCCUUCUUGAUGCUCGGACCUAGUGGGGUAGGAAAGUCGAGCUUGACUAAAGCCAUGGCCGAGUUUUUGUUUGGAGAUGAGCGAAAAGGCCUAAUUCAGAUCAAUAUGUCCGAGCUGAGCAGCAAGCAUGACGUAUCACGUCUGAUCGGAGCUACAGUAAGUCUCGGAUACGAAGAAGGUGGACAACUAACUAAUGCUGUCAAGCGACGUCCUUACGCUGUGGUGGUCCUCGACGAAAUCGAAAAAGCGCAUCCAGAUGUGCAGAACUUGCUGCUUCAGAUCUUGGAAGAGGGAGAAUUGACCGAUGGUCAAGGAGCUAAAGUAUCGUUCAAAAACACCAUCAUUUGCUUGACAUCGAAUCUCGGAGCCCCCGAGUUCCUCAAGCAGGGAGCUACCAAGAACGGGGUCGUGACUUCGCAGACGAAAUCCGCAGUCAUGGAAUAUGUGACCGCAUGGUUCCGACCCGAAGUUUUGGGUCGACUGGACGAUACCAUCAUCUUUAAUAGCUUACCUCGGUCGGCGGUCAACGACAUUGUCAAGCUGAGAUUGUCGGAGGUGCAGUCGAGACUUGACGAUCGUCACAUCACCCUGAAUGUUAGUGAAGGGGCUAUCGAGUUGCUUGGAAAUCAAGGCUACUCGGAGCAAUAUGGAGCGCGAGCCGUCGCUAGGGCUAUCCGCGACGAAGUGGUUGCCAAAGUCACCCUUGCACUGCUCGAAGGAUGCAUCCGGUAA